AAAAUCUCUGGAUAUUUUCCGGAUGAUCUGACUGUAAGCUGGCAUAGGAAGGAGGCAGGGACAGGUGCCUUUCAUGAUAUCUCUAAUACACAAAAGUACAAAUGGCACAUUACAAAAUCCCAGGAGCAGUCAGAUCACACAUAUGCCUGUACAGCCAGUCUGGUGUUCACCCAACGAAAGCAGACCACGGAGAAGACUAUAUGUGUAGGGUGGAUCAUCCCAGUCUGGAGCAACCAAUAGAGAAGACAACGGGAAAAUUACCCCUAAUAGAUCUUGGUUGGAGCCCCCAUGUUUUAGAAAUAGAUACAUCUGCUCUAGUUUUCAACGCUGAUUGUGAAAUACAGUGUAAAAUCUUCGGCUAUUUCCCAAAAAAACUGACCGUGAGUUGGCAGAAGAAGGAAAAAAAU